UUCACAUCCUCUGCCGCUCCGGUUCAUGAGCAGCCUGUUGGGUCUCGAGGAGGAGGAGGAGGAGGGGGACACACAACGGGGAGCUCGCUCACCCCAGUCUCCGGCAGUCUUAGUCCAUCCCGUGCCACACUCUGCUGAGGCCACGCGCCCCAACCGACCACCGAACAUGUCCACCGGGUCGCUUAGCGACUUCGACGACGAGGUCCUGGACGGCAUCCUGAAGUUCGGCUCUUCCGGUAAAGACUCUGGUACGUCGAACGAGAGCACAGAGGAGAGCUCGAACUGCGAGGGCGGCUCGGCCAACGAUAAAGCGGCAGCGGGAAAGAAACGGAAAACAGCGUACAGUAGGAAGAAGGCGCCGAACAGUGUGGCCCACGAGGGGUGCGGCAAACCUGUGCAGAGGAACGCAGCCAACGCACGAGAGCGAGCGAGGAUGCGCGUGCUGUCAAAAGCGUUCUCCCGUUUGAAGAUGACUUUACCGUGGGUCCCACCGGACACCAAGCUCUCCAAACUGGACACGCUGCGCCUUGCCUCGAGCUACAUCGCCCAUCUACGGCAGAUCCUUGCCAACGACAAAUACGAGAACGGUUAUUACCACCCCGUCAACCUGACGUGGCCCUUCAUGGUCGCCGGUAAACCCGAGAACGAUUUGAAAGAGAUGCUCAACACCACCCGGUUGUGUGGAACAACUGCCUCGUGAUGGAACAUGACAUGUUCAUUGACGUUUUCGUUACCGGGAACGGACUUUUCCAGGUGGACCGGACAUGCAUGUCAUAUAUCUCCUAAACCAAAUAUUGAGUGGGAAUAACCGGGAGAGUGCGCACUCUCUUGCCGGUUCACCCUACAGAGAAACGGAUUUUAUACGCCUAUUUAAAUUGUUUACAUGUUGUCUUUGCUGGUUCGAGGACAGGUUGUGCUAAAGUUUUGUAUUCGGUUUCAUACUUUUAAAAUGCAUUGUAUAAAAAUGUUGUCAUACAAGUGUGUGUGUGUGUGUGUGUGUGUGUGUGUGUGUGUGUGUGUGUAUGUGUGUGUGUGUGUGUGUGUGUGUGUGUGUAUGUGUGUGUGUGUGUGUGUGUGUGUGUGUGUGUGUGUGUGUGUGUGUGUGUGUGUGUGUGUGUGUGUGUGUGUGUGUGUGUGUAUAUAUAUAUAUAUAUAACUUUUUUUUUUACAGGUGAAGUUGUCAGUCACCAAUUUGGAAGCGCACAUGAAAAUGUGUCCGUUAUUGUAAUCGCCUGAUUGUAUUUAGGACUAAAUAAAAUGUAUUCAUUUUAUCGUA